CGUGGGGGUUCAAACCAAGUUUUGUGAGUCCCAUCCGGCUGCUGCUUGGUUCAAGUUUUAAUGCCUGCUCUGCAAAGAUAAUUGACAUUUUGAAAGUUAGAAAUUAAUUAUUCUCAUAAUUUUUCGUAAUCGUGAUUUGGUCAGGUGUAGAGAAGUGCCUUUGUGUCUCGAAGUGUGAUUGAGAACUAGAAUUUCAAAUAAUAAUAAAAUAAUGAUGGAGACGGGUGAAGAAACACAACCACGAACCUUGUACGUGGGCAAUCUCGACUCUCAAACGACCGAAGACUUUUUGUUCCUACUAUUCUCACAAAUUGGACCAGUGGCAGGUUGUAAAAUAAUUCAUGAACCCAACACAGACAAAUACGCUUUUGUCGAAUUUUUCGAACACCACGCCGCAUCUGCCGCCCUCUCCGCAAUGAACAAAAGGAAUUGUUUCGGCAAGGAGAUGAAGGUCAACUGGGCAACAUCCCCAAAUACUCAGAGCAAACCCGACACGAGCAAACACUAUCAUAUCUUCGUGGGGGAUUUAAGUCAAGAAAUUGAAACUCAAGCGCUGCGCGAUGCAUUCUCACCUUUUGGAGAAAUAUCUGACUGUCGGGUGGUAAGGGAUCCACAAACGCUAAAAUCAAAAGGAUUUGGGUUUGUCUCUUUUGUCAAGAAAUCGGACGCCGAACAAGCAAUAGCUGCAAUGAAUGGACAAUGGCUUGGUAAUAGAAGUAUCCGCACAAAUUGGGCAACUAGGAAAGUUCCACCACCCCGCAGUGGAAAUGAUGGGCAAGGCGGCGGCGGCGGUGGCAACUCUAAACAUCUCAAUUUUGAUGAUGUAUAUAACCAGAGUUCUGUAACAAAUUGUACAGUGUACUGUGGCGGACUUAGUAAUGGAAUAUCUGAAGAGUUGAUGCAGCGAACUUUUUCACCAUUUGGACAACUUUACGAAAUCCGGGUCUUCAAGGAUAAAGGAUUUGCUUUCAUCAGAUUUGCGAACAAAGAGGCUGCCACGAACGCGAUAGUUGCUGUACAUAAUACAGAGAUUAAUGGACAAACAGUGAAAUGCUCGUGGGGAAAGGAAUCGGGAGAUUCAGCAGGAGGAGGUGGACAGAAUCAAUCUGGAGGGGGUAAUCAGUAUGGUGGAGGAGGAGGAGUGGGUGGAGGUGGUGGCGGUGGAGGAGGAGGGGGAAACCAACCCAACUAUGUCGCGGCCGCCUACGGUCAACAAAUGCUGGGUCAGUGGUAUGGUGGAUACCCAGCUGCUGCUGCUGCUGCACAACAGAUGCAGAAUCAAUUUAUGCAGGGAGUUCAAAGCUACGCAGCUUAUGGGAAUGGAACCUACGGCCAGCAACAAGCGGCAGCAGGAUAUAUGGCUGGCCUGCAAGGCGUUCAAGGGAUGGGUUCUGCCUGGGGACAGGGAAUUCCUGGAGCGGGUGGGGCUGGAGGACAACAUCAAGGAGGUCAAGGUGGAGGAGCUGAUGCUGCAACGGCAGCAGCCUAUGCUAUGAUGCAAGCUCAGUUUCAAGCGCAGUGAUGUUGUGCUAAUUAGACUGAUUAUUAUUGGUGAAGAAUGGCGAAAGAAAAAAUGGGAAAAAUGAGCUGACGGACUUUUAGACUAAUAUAAAUGAAUAAUAGACUAAACAAUAAGAUCUAUAAACAUAACAUUAUAAUAUCGUAUCGUACGACUAUUACGACUAACUGUUAAGGUGAUGUAUAUAUAUAUCUACACAUAAUUAAAUUAACAUGAGUUUGUACAUGUCUUAAGAACUAUGUCGUUUUUGCUAAUUUAGCUGCUACCUACUACUACAUGUGUGUGUUUCAAAUCCAUAUAUGUGUCUGUUUAGAAUAUUAUUAGUUUCAUGUUCACUUUUGUAAAUUUUCAAUCGUCCAUAAAUGAGAUGAGUAAAUGAAUAACAUGUAAACAAGUUCGUAUAUUAAGUAGUUGGUAUAUAAAAUAUGAUGAAAGUUUAACAAGUGUAAUUUUAGUGUGAUUUGGUGAACAUAUAUACAUGUCCAUCCGUGAGGGUGGUUGUGUUGGUGGGUCUUCCGCAAAUAUACUCAAGUUCUUCUCGUUGUUCUCCCUGUGAACUCCAAUUCUGAAACUGUGGUGCAUACAAUUUCUUCAAACAAUAUUUUUUUAAUUCUUCCAUUCUUUAUAAAUAUGUUCAACUCCAUUGAUGAAUUGAGAAACUUUGGUCCUUUCCUCGUCACAAAACAAAAGAUAAUACCGAUAAUAAUAUUUGGCUUCCUAUUUAAAACGUAAUUUACAAGUGCAAAAUCAGGAGGUACAAUGUGUGGAAAAAUCUCGGGAUUCUGUCGCGUCAGCUUACACUGCGUCGUAUCCAACUCAUGGUGUACCGGCGUCUAAAAAUGGGUUGAGGCAUGAUGUGCCCUUGAUAAUGUCUCUCAAUAAUGGGGGUACUUUAAUAGUUUCCCUACAAGUCAAGUUCUACAAAUCUCAGGAUACACACCGAUCAUCAUUCGGCAGCUCACUACACUGUAUCGAGUAUGAGUGCAAUUAUACGGCCGGUACUCCUCGAGUUAUUGUUACAAAAGAAACAUACAGGCUAACCAACAACAAACCCAGGCUAUGCUGAAGACAUCAACCAAUUCCAAAAUUCCCCCACACAGAGAAGAAUCUCCUCGCCCAUCCCCUCUUGGAAAUGCAUACUUUUAAACGUUCUUUAUUUAAUCAUUACUCACCAGCAACCUUAUGAUGGUACAGCUCUCCUCCUUACUUCUACAUACCACAAUUAAAUUACGACGACUUCUACCCAUCAUAUUUGGACCAAUGGCCUAUGCUGGACAUCCUAAUUCACUCGGAAGCCUACAAUAUUGCGCAUAGCGUAAUACAGAGUACCUUCAUUAUUAUCGUAAUAUCGUAAUAAUUGCGCCAGACCUUCCUUCAGCGGACCUUAACAAAAGCUUCUCAGCGAUCACCUACUCCAUAAGCAGCCAUAACCUUAAUGUAAUAGUAAUAUUAGAGAGUAGUUAGCCACGUAUUUAAUAUAUCCCUUCCUACCCUUGGGUUAGAUAAGUAGAUGAUAAUGACCUACAUACAUAUACCCAACCUACACUAAGCAACACCUAUAAUACUAAUAAAUUAUGUAUUCCUCCUCCGAGUUGAACAUGAUGACAAUUUUCAGUUCGGUCUUUCUAAUUUAUUACAUUUCUCCAUUAUUUCUUGACGACCAGUUUUUUCUGGAGUGAUUCAGUUUCUGCGAAGCUCUGUCAAAUGCGCCAUACUUUAGACAAAAUUAUUAGUCUCGCGAGUAAAUAAAAAAAAAUGUCAACAAAUACUUUAUACAACGUACCCACAAUACAUGACCAUAUAUAUAUACUGUAAUUUGGUUAUCAUCAUUGUAUAAUUUACAUCGCAUCGGCAGGCAGCUCAUAUUAUUGUUAUUAUAACCAUAAGUUUACAAUGCAAAAAAAAUAGAAAUUAACCCAGUAUUAGAUGUUACAAGUAGUUUUCAUUGGUUCGUUUAGUUAAAAUAAAUCUUAAAGCUUGUAUUUAUACAUAUAAUUUAUAUAUAGAUACGUAUAGAGAGCAUGUUCAACUCAUGAUAAUUAAUUAUUGAUACUGAUUUAUUUGAAAAAUCCUGAAAUAAAUCCAACCCAAUGUGAACCAGAA